CUUGAGGUUGCUCUGCGUCACAUUUUAUCCUUGGACAGCCAACUGCGGAAGCAGAAGGAGCUAGUACAUCAAAGCGAGAUGAAACGGCAGUGCCAGGAGGAGCAGCGUCGUUGGGAGACUAAGCUCUCGGCCACUCUGAUGCAGUUGAACAGCUGUAAAGUAAGCAUUACAGCCUUGCGUGAGCAACUCGAUCAGCAGGAGUCUGCGCUAACCGAAGCAAGACAGUUCGGUGGCCGGAGCAGACGGCUAGCAGAACAGAGAAAAACUGAGCUGAACAAGAUGAAAAGGACUCUGGACGCUCAGAAAUCAGAGAUCAUACGCUUGAAUGGCCUACUUGAUCGACUUGUCGGGCUUGCACCAGGUAAUUCUUCUUCUCGUGGUUUGCUUUCUAUUAGGUUUUCUUUACUUCUGGUCUGGUAUCCUGAAUUGAUACGUUUUUUUUCAGGUGCCUUUUCAGAUCAUUAG